AUGAGCCUGGUAGCUCCACUGGUCCCCAAUUAUGAGGAGGCCGCAAACGUAGCAUCAGAAUUCAUAACAAGCAUCGAUAAUCUUCCACACGAAGUGCAACACUUGCUUCAAGAAAUAAAAAUUAAAGACCAACAGUGCCAGGAGUUAUUGCAGGAUACUGCUAGGGACCAGUCAAAAUAUGUCAAAUCUUCGUUGAAAAACUCUUGGGCUUCAUCUGCAGCCGUUGCGUCCUCAAAUGGGCAAGAUAGAAGCGCAUCUCCGACCCCCACCUCAACAGCAGCGCAUCCGAAGGCCCACCUACCCGCUCGCAUCGCUGCUGCCUAUGCAGAAAUAGACGCGCUUAACAACGAUAAGAUCGUGCUCGCCCAGCGUAUAAUCAAUUUGCUCACGCUGACUCGGGCGCGUCUCGACGCAGAUUUGACCAAAGUCAGGCUGUAUCAGGGCGAAUCUGUUGAGGACGUACGAGCAUCAUCAUUCUCUACGACCCCCCAAGUGACGUUGUCACUGCCGUACACUGGAAAGCGCGCCGAUGUUCUCAAUGUUCUCAACCCCGUCGGCCAGAUCAACGAAAGUCUGCGAAAUACGACCGGUGCCUUGCAAUCGGAAACCUCCAUCGCCAUGCCCGCAGCGCCAGGGCCUACAUACAAUAAAAAACGUCGUAUUACGACCAACACGUCCAUCAAGUUGCCAAGCCCUGCUCCGGCGACUGUGGCGCAUCAGCCGACUUCAUCCCAUUCACGCUCCCGGCUUUCUCGCCAAACAACUACCCGUGUCCAGCAACAGGAAGAGGAGGACCUGGAUGCUGAUGCAGAAGGCGAAGAAGACUAUGAAGGCGAGGACGCCGAAGAAGACUUGACACUGUACUGUUUCUGCCACAAACAAAGUUACGGAGACAUGAUUGGAUGCGAUAAUUCAGACUGCCCGUAUCAAUGGUUCCACAUUUCGUGUGUCGGGGUCAAGCAGCCUCUUCCGGACAAAUGGUAUUGUCCUGAGUGCAUCAAGAAAAGUGUUGGGUCGGAACGACGCAAAGGUCGCAAGAAGUAA